UCUUCUAUUAGUGUCUACCAAUUUUUUGUUACAUCACUUGCUUUUACGCGUUCUUGGAGUAGCCAUGACACAUUCACUCUCUCCUCUCUUACCGGCCACUCACGCCGGUGGCAGCCUCUCCUCUCCAUCACCGCGGUCACGGCUGCAGACUCCUCCCAUCAUCCUUGAAAUUCCAAAAAUUAAUCGCAGGACAAUUGUGGUGGGUUUAGGCGGUGCGCUGUGGAGUUGGAACGCUCUGAACGGUAAGGAAGAGGCAAUGGCGGCGGCAAGACGGCCGCCUCCGCCACCACCAGCGGAGAAGAAAGACCCGAACGUGAGCGGAGUUCAGGCGAAGGUAUUGGCGAGCAGGAAGCGUAAAGAGGAAAUGAAGGCUGCCAUGGCUAAACUUAGAGAGAAAGGCAAAUCUAUUGUUGAAGAAGAACCCUCCUCUUCUUCUUCUUCUUCUUCUUCUUCUUCUUCUUCUUCUGAUCAAUAGCAUCCACGCAAAAAAUAUAAACCUUUUCAUUCAUCUGUCACUACCAAAUUUAUCCCUAUAAUGUUAAUUCACUCUAGCUACUCUAUGUAUUUUCAUUUAUUCUUAUGGUGAUUCUAUGGUAUCAGAUCCAUAAGUAACUUAACUUUCAUUA